GGCAGAUAAAGCCCAUAUGCCAGAUGAAUGGGCUAAGCCUCAAGUAAGAAAAGCUGUGACAUGCACAAUAGCACCUUGACCCAGAGGAGCCUGAAACUGGACCCCCAAGAUGACAACUGCUGAUGGUAUGCUAUCAUUUGCAGAUGUGGCCAUUGAGUUUUCUCAAGAAGAGAGGGAAUGCCUGGGCCCUGCUAAGUGGAAUUUGUACAGAGAUGUGAUGUUGGAGAAUUUCAGUAACCUUGUGUUCCUGGGUCUUGCUUCCUCUAAGCCAUACCUGGUCACAUUUCUGGAGCAAAGACAAGGACCUUCAGCUAUGAAGAGAAAAGCAGCAGCUGACAUGCAAAUAGGAAAAAAAACACUAUAUAGGCAAACAAUGUGGCAUAAAUCUUUCUUGGAAUUCACAACCUGUUAGCCAACAGAAAGUUAAUUUAAGA